UUUAAGGCCGGUGGCUUCCGCAGCCAAGCCUGGGGCCGGGCCAGCGUGGCGCGGGCGACGCGGGGCCGCCUCCCGAGCCGUGUGAGCAGAGGGCUGGGCACGGGUGCAAUGGCCCUGGUGCCCUAUGAGGAGACCGCGGGAGUCGGGCUGCAGAAAUUCCACAAGCCGCUUGCCACCUUCUCCUUCGCAAACCACACGAUCCAGAUCCGGCAGGACUGGCGGCACCUGGGAGUCGCUGCAGUGGUUUGGGAUGCGGCCAUCGUGCUUUCCACGUAUCUGGAGAUGGGAGCCGUGGAGCUCAGGGGCUGCUCUGCCGUGGAGCUGGGUGCUGGCACAGGGCUUGUGGGCAUCGUGGCCGCCCUGCUAGGUGCUCACGUGACCAUCACAGAUCGAAAAGUAGCAUUAGAAUUUCUUAAAUCAAACGUUCAAGCCAACUUACCUCCCCACGUCCAACCCAAAGCUGUUGUGAGGGAGCUGACGUGGGGACAAAACCUGGGGAGUUUCUCACCUGGAGAAUUUGACCUGAUACUUGGAGCUGACAUCAUCUAUUUAGAAGAAACGUUCGCGGACCUUCUUCAGACCCUGGAGCAUCUCUGUAGCGAGCAGGCUGUCAUCCUUUUAGCUUGCCGAAUCCGCUAUGAACGCGACAGCAACUUCCUGGCAAUGCUGGAGCAGCAGUUUACUGUGAGUAAGGUUCAUUAUGAUCCUGAGAAAGACGUCCAUAUUUACAAAGCACACAAGAGAAACCAGAGGGAGGAAUUAUAGUCGGUUAGAAUUCGCAAGCACAGCGUCGUCGAGUGUGUCAACUGGGUCCUAGCCCGGGACUCCAACCAUAGUGGCUUCCUGUACAGAAAGGGUACUUAGACCUUCGCAAGGGCCUGAACACCUGUACAGAACUAAAGCAGCACAGUGCUUCAUCCUGCGCCGACGGCUACUUGGAUUUUAUGCCCUCUGCACUUUCACGGACAUUAAAGCAGAGUGUGGGCUUUUG